CCCUCCCUGACCUGUCGGCGCCGACCUCAUCCUCGCACCGCGAUGGGGUGCCUCUCCUCUGCGGCGCAGAACCCGUCCCCUCGCCUCGUCCUCCACUCCUCCCACCCCCUCCACCUCAACUUCCCCCCUCCCCCUACCCAUGCCUCUCUGCCUGGUCCCCCGCCCCGGCCAGCGCGGCGACCUCCGUCCGAAGCCCUUAGCUCGACUUCAACGACCGGCGCCUAGAUGCGGCUAGGCGGUCGGCCUCACCUCACCUCCACCGCACCUCCCUUUCCGCGUUUCCAUCUCGCCUCCCACGCCGCCUCUCGCGACCCGGACAGAUCGUACCCUCCCGGCACGGCGGCCAUGGAGAGGCUGAUCUCUUUCGUCAACAAGCUGCAGCGGGCCUGCGCGGCCCUCGGCGACCACGGCCAGCAGAGCGCCCUACCAACGCUCCAGAGCUCGCUGCCGGCCAUGCAGUCGUUGGAGGCCAGGUGAUCUGCUCCCCUUUCUUUGCACGCAUUUUGGGUUGGUUCCUAUCAGAUGCAAUCACAACUGCGCGGGGCGACUAUCACGGGUUGCUUGUGGCCAUGGAUGCCCCGUCCUCCCUCUCCUCCCUUCCCUUCAUCUUCCUCACCAGGCAAGGUAAGAUUCACCUCUGUGUUUUAGCUUCCUUUACCCUUUGGGUGGACAGAAGAUUGACCCAGUAUGCAGUAGUCCGAUUUGGGCGAGGAACAACUUUAUGAGAACACAGGGUAGCAGCCUAGCAAGCCAGUCGGUCAAUGCUUGCAUCCUGCAGUGUAGCCACGGAAGUGGUCCUCACCACUGAACAGCAACAUUCAGCAUAAUUAAAUCCAAUUGCUUUGCAUCGAUCACAGCAAAACAAGAUGCCUAGGCGAUAGAUAAAUGAUCCUUGCAGGAAUAUUGGUUCAGAGUCUACACAAAAACAGCAGGCAUGAUACUAAUAGUGUGGACUUUACCAAGUUACAGCACAUGCCUCACCAGGGUUUGCUCUUGGUAGAAGGUUCCAGUUCUGUGUCCCAGCAGGCUAUUCAGGAGAGAAGCAGGGUUGAGGAGAUUCGAGUGCUGUUCAAGUUUAGCUGCUACUUGGGCGCUAUAGAAUGUCAAUGGAUUGAACCAAUUCUAAUCGCGAACCCAGAGAAUAGAAGUGCAAAUGCUAGUGAGUUGGCUUGGCUCCGGAGUCGAUUGAUUUCAUCGCAUGGACUGAUUCACAUGGUAGGUUCCACGCCCACGUGAUUACCAUCCCGUCCAGCAGCCACCCUUAACUUUUCCUUCUAUCAUCUUCCUGUCUCGCUACUUUUUUGCUGGUGGAUUCUCCUUUGCUCCCGAGCUUCCGCCGGCGUUCUUUUUGCGGAGAGCGAGUAGGAGCAGAUCUCCUAGUUUCAUUUUGCGGUUUCACAAGAUGGCCAUAGCAUUUAUUUGCCAUGCAUAGGAUUGGACAUGGUCGGAUAAAAUGUAACUCUUUAGCCCCCAAUGCUAGUUUCAUAGUCUUGAAAACAAUGCAUACAAAGUUUCAUCCUAAUGCCAAUCUCAACACAAGUUUCAUAGGAGUUUCAUACUCAUUAAAUGGUAUGCCAGAUAAGCAAAAUUGGUGACAUAACAUAGAAUUUAUGGAGAGAGAGAGAGAGAGAGAGGAGUUGGGUUUCAUGGCGGUGAAACUUGGUGUACAUAGUUACCAAAACUAUGAAACUAGAACAAACCCCCCAUUGAGAGCAACUUGUUUCAUCAUCACAACUUUUCUGAAUCUCAUGUGCUCAUGCUUAAUAUGCUAGUAAUUAAUUUAGCUACAAUUAUUAGGGUUACACAAUUAAUGUGGCCUAUUUUAUCUCAACACCAUACAACAAUUAAAUGCAAUGUCUAAUACAUGAAAUGGUGAAGUGAAACUAUGCAUUGUGAGAUGUUUCAUGCAUCAGCCUAAACCUCUAAACAUGAUGUGACCCCCUAGGUAAUCGUGCAAUGAAACACUCAAUUGUGUUGAGAAUGGCCUAAUAAUGAAAACACUCUCUUUCUUCAUAAUUUUAUUGCCAUGUCAUAAAAAAGUGCUGAUGUGUCACAUCAUUAAAUGAGAACGGAAUUCUCAUGAAACCUCCACUACCAAUGGCCAGAUGCCUUUGAACUUGUUAUCUCAUAGUCUGACAAGAAAACAAGCAAUAGUACAGUGCGUGUAAUAGUGUUGAUAUCAGUGGUAAGUAUGACAUGUUGUAUACGGUAAUGCUAACUAUGGACACACAAAUGCUAUCCGAGCAGCCUGUCCUGAUUGUGAAGUCAGUAAAGAGACAAUCCGACACGACGUGGUUACUCUCACUUGGUUUCACAAGAAAUGAGCUAGCAUAUAUAUAUACUUCAGUGAGUUCCACAUAUGCACGCCUUUCUGAUGCCUCCCUUUCCAAUUUGAAUUUAGCGUCUACACUUCACCUGACUAGUGGUAAUUCCUGGUUCAUUUUCAUCAUCUACCUUAUUUCUCUAGUGGUCCAUAAAACGAAUGGUUGGGCAUCUUUAUUUCUUUUUUUUUUUGUCCUUUUCACCACGUUUAUACUAUAAUGAGAUCGAUGGAUGUGUAUUGGACAAUAACAUCCAUCAUGAUUAUUCAACGACCAAGUGAAGAAGUUCAGAUCCUGUAAUAAUGAAGAGGAAUGAUGCCAAACAUUGAGGUAUAUGCAAAUGAUGUUCUGUGUUGGUGGA